CGGCCAGGGUGCAGCAAGCCGGCUGGGGCCCAGGCGGACGCCGACUCAAGGAGGCCUUGACUCCCAAGGGGUCCCCUUUACUUGUGCCUGGGCGAAGAGUCUUCUCCUGGGGUCCCUGGUCAUCCUGAAUAUCCAGAAUGGUGUUCCUCAAGUUCCUCUGGAUGGGUUUCUUCUGCCACCUGUGCCAGGGCUACUUCGAUGGCCCUCUCUACCCGGAGAUGUCCAAUGGGACUCUGCACCACUACUUCGUGCCCGAUGGGGACUAUGAGGAGAACGAUGACCCCGAGAAGUGUCAGCUGCUCUUCAGGGUGAGUGACCACCGGCGCUGCUCCCCGGGGGAGGGGAGCCAGGCCAGCAGCCUGCUGAGCCUCACCCUGCGGGAGGAGUUCACCGUGCUGGGCCGCCAGGUAGAGGAUGCUGGGCGCGUCCUGGAGGGCAUCAGCAAGAGCAUCUCCUAUGACCUGGACGGGGAGGAGAGCUACGGCAAGUACCUGCGGCGGGAAAGCCACCAGAUAGGGGACGCCUACUCCAACUCGGACAAAUCCCUCACUGAGCUGGAAAGCAAGUUCAAGCAGGGCCAGGAGCAGGACAGCCGCCAGGAGAGCAGGCUCAACGAGGACUUCCUGGGGAUGCUGGUCCACACCAGAUCCCUGCUGAAGGAAACGCUGGACAUCUCUGUGGGGCUCAGGGACAAAUACGAGCUGCUGGCUCUCACCAUUAGGAGCCACGGGACCCGGCUAGGACGGCUGAAAAACGAUUAUCUUAAAAUAUAGGUGGAAAGGCACAAAUGCCAGGGAGAGGGAAUCAGAUCAGCCCUGUUGGGGAGGAUGGGGGACAGAAGUCAGGGCUAAUUUCACUUAUACCUGUUAUUUUUUACAUCCAGAUUUGCACUUUGAGAAUGAAACUGAGGUCAUUCUUUAAAAGAAAGAAAAAGUUGACAGUUGAGUGUUAUGUUUUUUUAGAUUUGUUUUUGUACAUUAUUUAUGUGAUUGUUUUUGAUUUAUCACCUGGAAAGAACAUUUAAAGUUAUGUCUCGUGCCUUUCCUAUAGAGCUUUAUAACUCUGCAGAGAUAUCUGUGUCGGUCACAUCUAAAAAGACACAGUUUAUGCAGUAGGGACCGGUUAAACUUCCCCAUCCUGGAGAUUAUGUGAAAAUACCCAAAGAGCAUGAUGCAUUGCUCCUUUCCGCCUUCCGCAUUCUCUCUUGGGCUCUGAAAGCUGUCAGAGUUGCCUGUUUUUCAAAUGAGGUCCAGCGUGCUGCUACGCAUGCCUGCCAGCCAUGGAAGCUGCUUGUUUCUUCUUCUCUUUUUCUCUCUUAUUUAUUAACCAGGAUCGGCAAGUCGUUUUUGUUUUUGUUUUUUGUAAGAGUAUUGUCAAGAAACUCUCUGCAAGUCAUCCUUUGCAAGGAAAUUUCUGAGAUGCCCCUGUGGGUGUGUGUAAGUUAAUGUGGCUGCAUUAAAGAAAUCUGAGCUUUGAGGUGGUUGCACACUCGUGUCUAUAUGCUGAUUUGCAAUGUCUCUCUCUGUAUGUCUAUGCUUUGUCAUCACUGCGCCAGUCAAUUACAGAGAAGUAGAUAGAUUGUUUAAACACACCCCCAAAUGCCUGUGAUUUAGAUUACCAAUGUAUUCUUUCUCAUUUGGGGAUUUUGCUUCUGUUUGCUUACUGGAAAUUUGUACUUCAAGGAGGGGGGAAUCCUAAUUCUAAUAAACCCUUAGCUAAGUUUUAUUAUUCAGCCAAUAAAUAUGUUUUCAUAUAA